AUGUCUUAUAACAGAAGAGCUUGCGCCUCUCAUCGAAAACAUUUAGACAUCUUUCACAACAUCAAGAAACCCAUCUCGUUAUCGAAAGACAACGUAAAUAACAAACAGUUUCAUGCAACCGUUAUUCAUAAACAGUGGCAACAUCAUAUCAAAAAACACGUCUAUUCAAAUCGUCUUGGAAUUUCAUAUGACGUUUCAUACUUAGCUAAUGGACACAAAUUCCUUUCCACACACAAAGACCGUCGCAUAUCUGUUUUCUACAAUCGUGGUAACAAUAAAAAAUCUCAUAGACGCGUGAAUACUCUUGAAGAAAAGCUUCACCGUGCUAAACAACACCGUUUCUUAUUUUUACCUUCACAACAUAUUAAUAAACCCAUACAACAUUUAAAAUAUCACAAAAGACUAGUGCUCAGAGAUGAGAGUGAUUACAAUUUUCCUAUACCCCCUGCUUCACCCAAGCCUUUAGGCGCAAUGGCCGUUAUAGCCAAAUGUCUUGACCGAGCCCGUCAACUAUCUCCAGGAAACAAUUCAAUUAGUACUUCAAAUACUCACUCACCUGCCACCACCUCACAACCCACUCUCCUCAAUGAGGAGAAAACACAGGCAAAAAUUAAAGGUCAACAAUACACACCAGGAUGCAUAUACUGGUUAAAUGGUAUUAGAAAACGUAAAGAAGCUCACGAACUAGCUGUGCGUCAACAAAAAGCAGAUGAAGCAAGACAAGUUAGACGUCUCGCUUACGAAGAAGAACUUUCCGCUAGAGCUAAGCUCUGGAAUACUUCCUCCAACCGUAUAGAAUAUCGUGAAGAUAUGGUCAAAGAUCUGACUAACUUUCAAGAUCAUUUUCACAAAAAAAUCACUCCCCUAAUUGAUCGUCGAUCCGUUCUACAAAACAGAAUCAUACAGGGAAAAAACGUUUACAAAACUAACAAACAGUUGCUCCAAUUGGAGCAAGAACUAGGUCUUUUUAGUAUCGACUACUUUUCAGUCAUAGAUGACAACGGACCCCAUUACCGUUACAAAGGACACAUAUCUGAUGACACAAAACAUCUUGAACUCAGGCCACACAAACGCCCUCCUAUCCCGACUACAAAUACAGAUAGGCACAACACUGAGAUCAAAAAAUUGAGACUAGAUAUUCCGUCUCCUGAAGACUUUAAAGUCUUCGCUUUACCUUAA